AUGGAGCUGGGGCUCGCGGGGCGCCGGGCGCUCGUCACCGGGGCGGGCAAAGGCAUCGGGCGCAGCACGGUCCGGGCGCUGCACGCGGCGGGGGUGCGGGUGGUGGCCGUGAGCCGCACCCAGGGCGACCUGGACAGCCUGGUCCGCGAGUGCCCCGGGGUGGAGCCCGUGUGCGUGGACCUGGGCGACUGGCCGGCCACGGAGCGGGCGCUGGCCGGCGUGGGCCCGGUGGACCUGCUGGUGAACAACGCAGCUGUGGCACUGCUGCAGCCCUUCCUGGAGGUCACCAAGGAGGCCUGUGACACCACCUUCAACGUGAACCUGCGGGCGGUGGUCCAGGUGUCCCAGAUCGUGGCGCGGGGCCUGAUCGCCCGCGGGGCCCCCGGGUCCAUCGUGAACGUGUCCAGCCAGGCCUCCCAGCGGGCACUCGCCAACCACAGCGUCUACUGUGCCACCAAGGGGGCCCUGGACAUGCUGACCAAGGUGAUGGCUAUGGAGCUCGGGCCUCACAAGAUCCGCGUGAACACAGUGAACCCCACGGUGGUGAUGACCCCCAUGGGCAAGGCCAACUGGAGCGACCCGGUGAAGGCCAAGACCAUGCUGGACCGGAUCCCGCUGGGCAGGUUUGCGGAGGAGCAGGACGUGGUGGACGCCAUCCUCUUCCUGCUGAGUGACCACAGCAGCAUGACCACCGGCUCCGCUGUGCCCGUGGACGGGGGCUUCCUGGCCACCUGA